UAAUUAAACAAUGGAAUUUCGCCGAGGUCAACGGGCAGGUACGACAAGAAUCAGUUAUCGAGGUUAUAAUUUUCAUCGGGAUUCGCGCUACAAUGGAGUAAUACAGCGCUAUGUAUGCGCCGCGAGAACGACAGCUGAACGAUGUCGAGUAAAAUUAUGGCGAUACGGAAAUAAUGAACCAAUUUUGGACGGCCGACACUAUCAUAAUAAGCCAACAAUAAAUGAGCGAGCUGAAGUAAUUAAUGAGUUGCGACGAAGGGCUAUGACGAAUAAUGAUGCGCCAAAUAUGAUAGCAGAGGCUGUAUUUAGAAGGUUCCCUAUUGCGAGAGCAUUCGAUAUGACUCCAGAAGCCGCCAGACGACAUAUCUACUGAGAGAGACGUCUUUAUUUGCCUCCAUUACCCAGAAAUUUUGAAGAGCUCGGAGAUAUGCUCAUUGAAUAUCCAGCUGUCAUUGACAUUUUUCGUGAUACUACCGUAGCUACGAAUGGUUCAAUAGCGCAUAUUUUUGCAUCAAAUAAUAUGAUGAACAGAUUAAAUACCGUUACAGAGUUGUUUAUAGACGGAACUUUUAGAGUAAAUAUUAACUGAAUAUUACAUAAUAAAUUUUGCAUGGGAAUUUAUAUUUAUCCGUUUUUAUGAAUCGAUAUUUAUCGAUUAUUCUGACAAUGAAAUAAAACAUAGUAAAUGUAUAAAGAAUAUAAUCUGAUUUAAUACCAUAUAGGCUUUGUAACCAGAUCAAGUCGCAACCUAGUAACUGUUAAAGCUAUUAAAUCUAUUUAUUUUUCCCUGGUUAGGUCGCGUCUUGAAUAUGCCACAGUUGUAUGGUCUCCAAUCUAUGAAAUAUACAGUAAUAAAAUUGAUAAAGUCCAACAUAAAUUUCUCAAGUUCAUGUCCUGGAAAAUGGAUCGUGUUUAUCCUAAACCAGGCAUGGAUAGGAAAGAGCUUUGUAGUAGAUUCCAUAUGAUUACAUUAAAAGAUCGUAGACUCUGUGCAUGCGCCAUCUUCUUGACGCGGCUGAUUCAGGGGAAGGUGGAUUUUGAACGUCUGGCAGACUCUAUUACUAUUACUUUUAGAGCCUCGACCUGGAGGGAUAGUACUCCCUUCCAACUUCCACUCGCUGGCACCAACUUUGCUACAUCUGCCCCCAUAUACCGAUUAAUAAGUGCCUUCAAUACUUUUUACAAGAUAGAUAACAGUUUGGAUGUUUAUAAAAUAAGUAGUUCUGAAUGUUUUUCAAAACUUUGUAUGUCAAACAUUGUAUAAACUGGAGCAAAAUAUUUACUUUUGAUAGUUAAUUAUAUAGUGACUUAUCAUAAUAUUAAUUUUAAAUUAAACACAUUGUAUUAAAUUGUAUGUAACAUGGAACC